CGAACGGUUCUGCGCUCGCUCUGCGCUCCGAUUUCCCCUAUCAAACCAGCUAAAUAUAUAUAUAUAUAUAUAUCAGUAUAUAUAUCUAGAUAUCGUACUUAUGUGCCGCCCGACUUGUUUAAGCAAAUAUUAUCGCUAGAAAUAAUAAGAAGCCGUAGCAGCAGCGUGGUGAAGUGAUUGAGUUGAAUUCAAAUCGAAAUCCGUAUCCGAAUCGGUUGUAGAAAGUAAAAGAAAAUAAUUGAGGCGGCAGUGGGAGCAUAAAUCCGCCGGAUUCGCCGACAUGCAUACGUUAUUCAGCGACCAGAACUCCUUUACGCGCCACUAUGCCCAAACAGCCGCCGGUUACGGAUCGGCAUCGGCGGUUGUGGCGGCCAACAGCGCCUCGGCGGCAGCGGCGGCACAUUACGCAUACGACCAGUACUCCCGCUAUCCGUACUCGGCCAGUGCCUACGGCCUGGGCGCCCCGCACCAGAACAAGGAGAUCGUGAAGCCGCCGUAUUCGUACAUCGCCCUGAUAGCCAUGGCCAUCCAGAAUGCCUCCGACAAGAAGGUCACCCUGAACGGCAUCUACCAGUACAUCAUGGAGCGGUUUCCCUACUAUCGGGACAACAAGCAGGGCUGGCAGAACUCCAUCCGCCACAACCUGAGUCUCAACGAGUGCUUCGUGAAGGUGGCCCGCGAUGACAAGAAGCCGGGAAAGGGUUCCUACUGGACCCUGGAUCCCGACUCGUAUAACAUGUUCGACAACGGAUCGUUCCUGCGGCGGAGGAGGCGCUUCAAGAAGAAGGACGUGAUGCGGGAGAAGGAGGAGGCCAUCAAGCGGCAGGCCAUGAUGAACGAGAAGCUGGCCGAGAUGAAGCCGCUCAAGCUGAUGACGAACGGCAUUCUGGAGGCCAAGCACAUGGCCGCCCAUGCGGCGCACUUCAAGAAGGAGCCGCUGAUGGAUCUGGGUUGCCUCAGUGGCAAGGAUGUGUCCCAUGCGGCGAUGCUGAACUCCUGCCACGACAGCCUGGCCCAGAUGAACCAUUUGGCGGGCGGCGGGGUGGAGCAUCCCGGCUUCACCGUGGACUCGCUGAUGAACGUGUACAACCCGCGCAUCCACCACAGCGCCUAUCCCUACCACUUGAACGAGGACAACCUGGCCACGGUGGCCAGCAGUCAGAUGCACCACGCCCACCACGCCGCCGCCGCCCAUCAUGCCCAGCAGCUGCAGCGGCAUGUGGCGCACGUUGCCCACCCACUGACGCCCGGCGGUCAGGGAGCCGGGGGUCAAUCCUCGGGUCACUCGCCCACCACGAUCUCAACGCCACAUGGACCCGCGCACGGGGGCUGGUACACCCCGGAAACCCCGCCCUCGGAGCCGAUACCCAAUAAUGGCCAGCAUGGAACACCCACCCACGCGAACAACAACAAUAACAACAACAACAGCAGCUCUGUUUUGAACCACAAUGGAGUGGGAAGCGGAGCAGGCGGUGGCGGCGGCGGUGGAGGCGGUGGAGGAGGACCCACUUCGGUGCUGACCAGCAGUCCCAGCUCGGCGCUGGGCUUCCGCGACAUGAUCUUCGAGCAGAACCAGUCCUGCCAACUGGACACGGGCAGUCCAACCGGAAGCCUGCAGUCCGCCAGUCCGCCCGCUUCCGCUUCCGUUGCGGCGGCUUCGGCGGCAGCGGCGGCGGCGGUGAUCAGUAGCCACCACCACCACCAUCACCACCAUGCGGCACUCAGCGGGAACCUGGGACAACUCGGCCAGCUGAGCAACCUGAGCCACUACCGACCGCAUGUGGGCCACUACCAGGAGUACGGCAUCAAGUACGGGGUGUAAACGCCUUUCAGCUGGGCUCUCUUGUAUAUUCCUGUAAAUAUAUAUAGCUAUACUAUAUACCGAUAUACCCAAGAACGAAGCACAGCGAUUGGAAUGAUGAACCCACUUGUAUCUUGUAUCUCAGAUCCCUUUUGUUUUCCAUCAUUGUUUUCGAUUAUAAUGUAUACGAAAGAGAGGAGGAUAAAUCAUGUUUAGUUGUUAAGCCAUUAAGCAUUAUUGUAUUAACUGUAUCUGUAAUUGUAGCCCGUAAUUGUUAUCGAAUUUAGGCUUAGUCCCAAUUGUCUGCUAUGCGAUUUGUGAUGAGGUUUUGCUAUACACAGAAUAUAAACAUUUACUAGCGCAUUUUGUCAAUAACACUAUCGAUCGAUCUAUCGCCUAGUAAACUAGAAUAGCCCACGUAAGCAAUAAUAAAUUAUACAAACUAAAUCGUAGCUAUAAUAUAAUUAUCAAAACUAGCGUACCACCAAUAUGAGCCGAACAAAAAAGUGUAUUGAAAAU